UGAUCCCACGUGUGGUUCCACAAAUAGUUAUAAUAGACCAUGUUAUUUUGUAAAUAUUGAAAAUAAGACAAUAUAAAAACUAAUUACAAUGCCGGCUGUAGUUCAAAAUGACGUUCUCAUCUAUGAGGGAAGCAAUUUCUUUCGCCAACGCCUGUUAUUAUCAACACUAAGUGGUCGGUCAGUAAGGAUCGAGGAAAUUCGAAGUUCAAAUGAUGAUCCUGGGCUCAGAGAGUAUGAAGUGAACUUAAUACGGCUGCUUGAUAAAAUUACUAAUGGUACUCGCGUAGAGUUGAGUGAGACUGGUACAUCCCUUUACUUCCAGCCUGGACUAUUAAUUGGUGGCCAGGUUACUCAUACAUGCUGUCCUCAACGAGGCAUAGGUUAUUAUCUGGAAGUUCUAUUAGCCCUUGGCCCAUUCUGUAAGGAACCACUAAACGCAGUAUUACAAGGAGUGACCCACCAUGAUUUAGAUGUGUCUGUAGACAAGGUAAAGACUGCAGCACUGCCUAUACUAUUAAAGUUCAUACUUGUAGAUGAUGGCUUGGAAUUAAAAGUAACUAGAAGAGGUGCCCCACCACUUGGCGGAGGUGAAAUAGUGUUCAGAUGUCCAGUCAGGAGGCAUUUAAGGCCUUUACAAUGGACUAAAUGGGGCCUCGUGAAGAGAAUCAGAGGUGUUGUGUACGCGCUACGGGUCUCUCCUACUAUGGCCAAUAGGGUUGUUGAAGCUGCUAAAGGGGUGAUGCUUAACUUCCUUCCAGAUGUGUAUAUAAAUACAGAUCAAUGUCGGGGAUCAAACGCGGGAAAGAGUCCAGGGUUCGGGAUCAGCCUUGUGGCAGAAACAAAUGAUAAAACAUUUUAUUGUGCUGAAGCUAAAUCAGUAGAGGCAGGUACGGGAGACAGUACACUACCCGAGGACCUCGGCAAGGAGUGUGCAAUGAGGCUCUUGGAUGAGAUCCACAGAGGGGGUGCGGUGGACUCGUCUCUGCAGUGGUUGCUUGCGUUGUGGAUGGCGCUUGGACAGAAGGAUGUUAGUGAAGCUGUGGUGGGUCCACUAUCAGAGUACACAAUAAAAUUCCUGCAACAUCUAAAAGAGUUUUUCGGAGUAAUGUUCAAGUUGGAGGUACUCCGGGAUGAAGAUGAAGACUCAGAUGAAGAGCUGGUGGUUUCCCAGAAGGUCAAGAUGACGUGUGUGGGCAUCGGUUAUAUUAAUAUUAGUAAACGGACGUUGUAAUAAAUUGUUAUGUUAGAAA